AUGAUUACAAAAGUCAGAUCUGAUAAGUGGCGGUUGGCAUACAAAAGCACCUGCAUUUUCCACAGAAAGGGAUGGAUGUGGGACCAGAUUGGAUGUAUUUGCUCUGAGGAGUUGCAGCCAAACGGCAAGAAUUCCCAACAGAAUUCUGGUGACAGAAGAAAAUGCAAUAACUAUACCAGCACACUUAAAGAACUGGCUCAGAUGUUGCCCAUCCCUAUGCGGACUAGUUGCAAGAGGCUGACAAAGAAAGAAAUUCUCCUCCGGGUCCUCCACUACAUUGAACAUUUGCAGGCGAGUGUUGAUACGGCCAGAUCGCUUCUCCAGGUCCGUUGCGGAGAACAGAAAGGAGGGUCUGAGCAGAUGGCAGCAUCUGCCCUGAAGAGAGGACAAAGAGAAGCCACACCACGAGCAAAGAAAACCAAGCCUCUGGGCGUCUGCAAGAAACCUAGGAAGAGGAGACGCACUCGCAAAUCAGAGCGGCGAGGGGUGAGCAAAAAAGUGUGCAAGUGCCUUGCUUUGGAGACUGAGAAGGGCCCUUCCCAAGCCGACAUGUGCAGAGAGGAGAGCGUUUCUGCUGUGGAAGAGGUGUCUGCGCUCCUUUCGUCCUCCCAGAAGCAAUCAGAAUAUUACCGGCCUGCAAGCGCUCCCUUUCUGGACAUCACCAAAGACUGGAACUUGGGUCGCAGCCAAGAGGAAAGCAAGGAUGGAGAUGUGUUUUCUGUGUGUGCAGCACAAGUAGCGUACGAAGGACCUGGACAUUCACCAAUGGGACAAAAGCUUGUGCAUUAUUAUUCCUCUUGUGAGGAAGAAGCAUCCAGAGACAGCCCUUGGCUCUCCACCCAGUCCCCAGUGAACAGUUCCCAUGGAAGCAUGCAGCUAUGUUCCCCUCGAAUUGAGGCCCAAAGCAACACUUGCUCAGAUUUGGGUCUGAGCCCUUCACUUUUCACCUCUCCUGCUCGGCUGCUUCCUAGGCACAUCCUCCAUGGCAGCCAGGAUGAGCUUUCCCCAGUGUUAUUUGAAGAUGUGUAUCUGUCCCCUCAGUCUAGCAGUUUUUCUCAGGGCCUUUCAGGAACCCUCUUGAGAAAGUCGGCAUUCACGCUGGAUCACUGCUACCUUUCCUACAACGAAACAGGUAAAAGCAAUUCCAGCCCCAUGUCACGAAUGAAUGGGAGAACAUCUUUAUGGAACAAACAGUAUCUUCAAGAGGUGAGAAGAAGGUUGCCUGAAUUCCCAGUGUCUUCCAGUGAUGAGAACAGCGACAGCACCUGGACACCACCAUCCAAGAGGGUGAGGCCAUCUCAGGUCAGCAGCCAGAAGAAGAUGAAGAAGGUGGUCAGGAGGCAAAGGCGCCGACCAGCAGCCGGUGAGAAACGCAGCAGCUCAUCUCCUCUGCAGCUGAAAAAGAAGUGCGUGAAUGGCUUCAUCAUGUUCUGCCGCCUGAACCGCAAGCACUACAUCCGCGCUUGCCCAGGCAUGGCCUCCACAGCUGCUACGAGAGAGUUGGCCCAGCUGUGGCGUAUGAUGACGAAGCAAGAGCGGAAGCCAUAUUGCAUGAAAGCUCGGCGGUUCAGCCGCCUGAAUAAUCGCAUCGUGAGGGACGACUUCUCCAGUGGGGAGGAGGACCCAGAGCCGCCCAAACCUUUCCACAUGCUGCUCGCUGAAAAAUCCCUCCAUGGCUCCCAGACCUUUGGUGACCUCUCUUUACUCAAGCUUAUGCCCUGACUCUUCGCACUGUAAUGGUAAUGGCAUAUCCAUUCAUGGGAAAGAUGGCCCCUCUGUUAUCAAUG